GCGUGGGACAGAGCGAGGAGAGUUGUUGUCGAAGAACAAGAGACGGAGGCAGGAGCGGAGCUGAGGGGGUGUGUGUGUGCGUGUGUUUGAGAGGUUCAAAACAAGCAGCAUAACACGGCGUGAAUGAAACAGGCAAGCUGGCGAAUUUCAACAUGGCAUCCGGAGAUACGCUGUACAUCGAGACAGACGGCUCGGAGAUGCCCGCCGAGAUCGUGGAGCUCCACGAAAUAGAGGUAGAGACAAUUCCGGUGGAGACCAUCGAGACCACCGUGGUCGGCGGGGACGACGACGACGACGAGGAGGACGAAGAAGACGACGACGACGAUGAUGGGCAGCCCAUGAUCGCGCUGCAGCCAUUGGAAACGGACGACCCCAGCUCCAUCCACCACCAGGAGGUAAUCCUGGUCCAGACUCGGGAGGAGGUGGUCGGCGGGGAUGAUUCGGAUCUGCACACGGACGGUGGUGGCGGCUUCGAGGACCAGAUUCUUAUCCCGGUACCGGCACCGGGCGUUGAGGACGAGUACAUCGAGCAGACUCUGGUGACUGUGGCCGGCAAGAGCUCCGUGGGUCGGAUGAAACGAGCAGGCGGCUCCGGUGGGAAGAAAUCGGGCAAAAAGAGCUAUUUAAGCGGCGCCGAGGCCGGUGGGAGGAAAUGGGAACAGAAGCAGGUGCAAAUAAAGACUCUGGAGGGAGAAUUCUCUGUUACGAUGUGGGCAUCGGGUGAUGAUAAAGACAUUGACCAUGAGUCAGUGGUGGAGGAGCAGAUCGUUGGGGAGAACUCCCCCCCGGAUUACUCCGAGUACAUGACAGGGAAGAAGCUCCCCCCUGGCGGCAUCCCGGGGAUCGAUCUCUCAGACCCCAAACAGCUGGCUGAAUUUGCUAGAAUGAAGCCCAGAAAGAUCAAAGAAGAUGAUGCUCCUCGGACGAUAGCCUGUCCUCAUAAAGGCUGCACAAAGAUGUUCAGGGAUAACUCGGCCAUGAGGAAGCAUCUCCACACUCACGGACCUCGCGUGCACGUCUGCGCGGAGUGCGGCAAGGCCUUCGUUGAGAGCUCCAAACUCAAACGCCACCAACUCGUUCACACAGGGGAGAAACCCUUCCAGUGUACGUUUGAAGGCUGCGGGAAAAGGUUUUCUUUGGACUUCAACCUGCGCACGCACGUGAGAAUCCACACCGGAGACCGGCCCUACGUCUGCCCCUUCGACGGCUGCAAUAAGAAAUUCGCCCAGUCCACCAACCUAAAGUCUCACAUUCUCACACACGCCAAAGCCAAAAACAACCAAUGAGACCCCGUUCGUCGACGCCGAGCCACAAAGACGAAAAUAAGAAAGGAAGAAAAAAACGAGCAUUCUACUGGCAAACGUGAAACCGCUUUUGAAGACGUAAAGAAAAGCUUGACUUUUUGAUUCAUAGAGAAAAUCUGACAGAUUAAAAGACACACAAAAAAACCUGAACUUCACCUGGUUUUCCUGAGCCCCUCUUUUCUUCUGCUGUCACAUUGGAUAAGGAACACAGAGAACCCCACAGCUCCGUAACAAGACGCGGCCAGCAGUUCUUUCUCCAUUAGCACUUUGCUACUACAGGAUGGAAUCCAUGGACAAACAUUAGAGAUUUAUUUUUACCUGAGAAAUCAGAGAAACGGUGGUACACGAGUGUUUUUAAUUUAGCUUUUAUUCCCCUUCAAGUGUGCAUAUUGUACACUUGUCUCGGGCUGUGUGUAGAAUGUGUUUUGUUCUUUCCUGCAUUAUAAUAUCAUACCCUCAAGAGAAAAACGUUUCACUGCUGUUCCACUUGGUUCCCACGAUGGUUGUAGUCAUUUUAAAAACAGCUGGAUGUUUGCAUUUCCACACCUCCUUUUGGUUGUUUUUUCCUCUUAACCACAAAAUAACCUUGUAUACUUGUAUUGUAUGGCUGUAUUAAAAUUAAGUAGACAUAGAUAAAGGUGUGAUUUAAAGUGUUAACCAAUUGAACUUUUAGUCCUGAGUUGCUUUAUAUUUUCUAUGGACUGUCUUAACACAGAUUGAGUAAUAUAAACGUCCUCGGAGCCUGUCCCAGUUGAAGUAUCUGACGUGUACAUUGAAACGACUGAGACCAUCACUUUGUUAGAAUGUAAUGUACAGAAGUCGACCAUUAACUUCUUUUGUUCAUAUUUACACCCAUGUAUUUCAACUGCCCACAAUAAAAUGGGUCAUUCCAACUCUGUCAAA